AUGUCAGUCUGUUUCUCUCCUGAUGGAAAUAUAUUAGCGUCUGGUGGUAAUUAUUAAUCUAUCUUUCUAUGGGAUGUCAAAACAGGAUAAUUAAAAGGCUAAUUAGAUGGUCAUACUAGUGGAGUCAUGUCAGUCUGUUUUUCUCCAGAAGGAAAUACAAUAGCAUCUGGUGGUGAUGAUUAGUUUAUCUAUCUAUGGGAUGUCAAAACAGGAUAAUAAAAAGCCAAAUUAGAUGGUCAUACUAGAGAAAUUAUGUCAGUCUGUUUCUCUCCUGAUGGAAAUAUAUUAGCUUCUGGUAGUUACGAUAACUCUAUCCGUUUAUGGGAUAUCAAAACAGGAUAAUAAAAAGCAGAAUUCAAUGGUCAUACUAGUGCAGUCAUGUCAGUCUGUUUCUCUCCUGAUGGAAACACAUUAGCGUCUGGUGGUGAUGAUAGCUCUAUUCGUUUAUGGGAUAUCAAUACAGGAUUAUAAUAGGCUGAAUUGAAUGGUCAUACUAGUGCUAUCAUGUCAGUCCGUUUCUCUCCUGAUGGAAAUACAUUAGCGUCUGGUAGUGAUGAUAGCACUAUCCGUUUAUGGGAUGCGAGAACUGUCUGUUUUUCUCCUGAUGGAAAUACUUUAGGAUCUUUAAGCGGUGAUAAGUCUAUCCGUCUAUAUGAUCUUAAGACACGAUAAGAAAUUAAAUCCUCAGAUAUAAAUUACAAAGAUUUUCUUGCAUAAUUUACAACCUGUUUAUUUGAAAAUUGCCACCAACCAGGUAUUUAUUUUUUUCAAUUAUUAUUUAGUCUCUAAUUAUUCUAUUCUUGUUAUAUCACCAGAAAUAAAAUUGGAAGCACAAGGAACACUAAUUUUGUAAGGAGAAUUUAUAAAUCAUUAAGGCAAUGAUUUAAGAUAUUUAUUUAAAUCUAAAGGAAGUUUCUUCUUACAAGAAUUUAAAUAAAGGUGAUUUGAUUGUUCAUUAACAGCAUUAAAAAUUAUAAUAAACAUCAAUAUCUAGCAUUUUUAAUUAUUUCUUUAUUAGUUCCACUCUUCAUUUUCUUUUCUUUAGAUAGUUAACACAACAAAGAGGUUAAAGUAAAGUAUAAAUAGUGAUGAUGGGUCUAUAAUAUUAUGGAAUGCGAAAACUAGAAGGAAAAGAGCCAAAUUGGAUGGUCAUACUGUAACUGUCAACUCAGUUUGUUUCUCUCCCGAUGGAAAAACAUUAGCUUCUGGAUGUGGUAGUUAGUAUGGAGUUAGUGAUUGCUCUAUCCGUCUUUGGGAUAUCAAAACAGGAUUAUUAAAAGCCAAAUUAGAUGGUCAUACUGAAACUGUCUACUCAGUUUGUUUCUCUCCUGAUGGAAAAACAUUAGCUUCUGGAGGUGGUAAUUAAUAUGGAGGUGAUGAUUGCUCUAUCCGUCUUUGGGAUAUCAAAACAGGAUUAUAAAAAGCCAAAUUAGAUGGUCAUACUGAAACUGUCUACUCAGUUUGCUUCUCUCCUGAUGGAAAAACAUUAGCUUCUGGAGGUGGCAAGUAAUAUGGAGGUGAUGAUUGCUCUAUCCGUCUUUGGGAUAUCAAAACAGGAUAAUAAAAAGCCAAAUUAGAUGGUCAUACUAGUACUGUAGUAUCAGUCAGUUUCUCUAUUGAUGGAAAUAUAUUGGUUUCUGGUAGUUAUGAUAAAUCUAUCCGUUUAUGGGAUGUCAAAACAGGAUAAUAUAAAUCCAAAUUAGAUGGUCAUAUUGGUGCUAUCAUGUCAGUCUGUUUCUCUCUUGAUGGAAAUAUAUUAGCUUCUGGUAGUUACGAUAACUCUAUCCGUUUAUGGGAUGUUAAUACAGGAUAAUAAAAAGCCAAAUAAGAUGGUCAUACUCAUCAUGUCUACUCAGUCUGUUUCUCUCCGGAUGGUAAUAUAUUAGCUUCUGGUAGUGCUGACUCGUCUAUCCGUCUUUGGGAUGUCAAUACAGGAUAAUAAAAAGCCAAAUUAGAUGGUCAUACUGGUGUUAUCAUGUCAGUCUAUUUCUCUCCUGAUGGAAAUAUAUUAGCGUCUGGUAGUAAUGAUAGCUCUAUCCGUUUAUGGGAUAUCAAAACAGGAUAAUAAAAAGCAGAAUUCAAUGGUCAUACUAGUGCAGUCAUGUCAGUCUGUUUCUCUCCUGAUGGAAAUAUAUUAGCGUCUGGUGGUAAUUAUUAAUCUAUCUUUCUAUGGGAUGUCAAAACAGGAUAAUUAAAAGGCUAAUUAGAUGGUCAUACUAGUGGAGUCAUGUCAGUCUGUUUUUCUCCAGAAGGAAAUACAAUAGCAUCUGGUGGUGAUGAUUAGUUUAUCUAUCUAUGGGAUGUCAAAACAGGAUAAUAAAAAGCCAAAUUAGAUGGUCAUACUAGAGAAAUUAUGUCAGUCUGUUUCUCUCCUGAUGGAAAUACAUUAGCUUCUGGUAGUUAUGAUAA